GUUUGGAUGGACGACAGGGAGGACAGAGACUCUGUUUCCUGGACUAGAACCUCCGCCACCGCCACCGCCGGCAACACCGAGAACAAGGACGAGAUGGGUUCUUCUCUGUCUACCUUCAAAUCGAUGCUGGAGGUUGAAGACGACUGGUACAUGGCGGCGAAUAACAGCAUCCAGGGCCAUUCAGAUGUCGGAGACAUCAGCUUCUCGCCGAGCUUUGCCGACCCAGAAAGCUUGCUGCUCAACCCGGUGGACUCUUCCUCCUCCUGCUCACCGUCGUCGUCGGUUUUCAACAAUCUCGACCCGAAUCAGGUUCAUUACUACAUGCCUCAAAAUCCCAACUUGUCUUCGCUGCUUAAUGUUGUUCCUAACAACCCUUUGGAUCACGGCUUCGAUUUGGGCUGUGACAUUGGGUUUCUUGACACUCAAGCUUCGGGUGGCGGUUCGAGUAUGAUGAACAGGGGAGGUGGGGUUUUAUCUGGAUUCAAUGAUUUAAGCUCGAAUAGCCAGGUGAAUGCUCAGAAUUUGGGUUCUAAUUUACAGUUUUCGACUACCCGCAUGCCUCAAGCUCUUGAAAACAGUUCAAAUUUUUCGGGUUUUCGAGGUGUGGAUGAUGGUUCGGCAAAUGCUUUGUUUCCCAAUAGGCCUAAGUUACUGAGACCACUUGAAUCCUUCCCUUCUGUGGGAGUCCAGCCAACUCUUUUCCAGAAAAGAGCAGCGCUUCGGAAAAACUUAGGCGAUGGUGGAGGGAAUUUGGGUGUUUUGGUCUCACAAGGGGGCCUGGUUUUGAAUGAAGGGGAUGAGAGGAAGAGGGAGAUGGGUGUGCAGAAUGAGAAGAAGAGGAAAAUGAGCGGCGGAGAUGAUGUCGAUGAUCUGAGUUUCGAUGGUUCGGGUUUGAACUAUGAUUCGGAUGAGUUUACUGAGAACACUAAGGUUGAUGACGGUGCCAAGAAUGGUGGGAACAGCUCGAAUGCAAAUAGCACGGUUACCGGUGGAGGAGGGGGUCAUAAGGGGAAGAAGAAAGGGUUGCCUGCCAAGAAUCUGAUGGCUGAGAGGCGCCGCCGGAAGAAGCUCAAUGAUAGGCUGUACAUGCUGAGAUCCGUUGUUCCGAAGAUUAGCAAAAUGGACAGGGCCUCAAUCCUUGGGGAUGCAAUUGAGUACUUGAAGGAACUUCUGCAGAGGAUCAACAACCUCCACAAUGAACUGGAGUCAAUCCCUCCUGGAUCUGCAUUGACACCUACCGGAAAUACUUUCCACCCUUUGACACCCACUCCGGCUACUCUGCCAAAUCGUAUCAAGGAAGAACUUUGCCCCAGCUCAUUACCUAGCCCAAAUGGCCAAGCUGCAAGGGUUGAAGUUAGGCUGCGAGAAGGACGAGCAGUUAACAUCCACAUGUUCUGCGGCCGAAGGCCAGGUCUCUUGCUCUCAACCAUGAGAACUUUGGAUAACCUUGGGUUAGACAUCCAGCAAGCCGUCAUCAGCUGUUUCAAUGGUUUUGCUAUGGAUGUCUUCCGUGCCGAGCAAUGCAAGGAAGGCCAAGACGUCCACCCGGAUCAGAUAAAGGCGGUACUUCUGGAUUCGAUCGGGUUCCAUGGCAUGAUGUAGAUUGCAGCAAAACAACAACUUGAAGUUUGAUUUAACCAAAGACUGGAAGGAGACAUGCAAUUUGUAUAUGUUUUGCCAGAGCUCAAUUGUUUCGUUCAAUCAAGUGUUUAAUUAGCAGCUUUUGAAGGAACUUAAAACUUUGUAGCUGUCGGUUUUGCUUUGUACCAUCAGAAAAUUCAGCUCAGUCAGACCUGGAUUUACUGAUUGUUUCUUAAAUUUUCAGCUAUUUCUUUCCAGUUUUUAAAUAAUUUUGUGAUCGAAUUACCCCA